AGCUCAGUGUUCGUCAGAACAUCUGCAGGCACACAGACACACUCUCUCCUGUCACAUACACACUUCUGCUUGCCACAGUCACCCAGGAGGCAGUCAGAGACUCUUCCCCAAGUGCUGACAUUUAACACCUGUUUUAGCAGCAGAGAUCCAGAGCGGGGGAGCAGCCCCUCUGGCCUUCAGAUAAAAGAUCCAUCCACGAUCAGAAAAUAUGUCACUGCAGAUGGUCACAGUCAGUAAUAACAUCGCCUUAAUUCAACCGGGCUUCUCACUGAUGAAUUUUGACGGACACGUUUUCUUCUUCGGCCAGAAAGGCUGGCCCAAGAGAUCUUGCCCCACUGGAGUUUUCCACUUUGACGUAAAGCACAACCAUCUCAAACUGAAGCCUGCAGUUUUCUCCAAGGAGUCCUGCUACCUUCCUCCUCUCCGCUACCCAGCCACUUGCACACUCAAAGGCGGCUUGGAGUCUGAAAAGCAUCAAUUUGUCAUCCACGGAGGGAAAACACCAAACAAUGAGCUUUCAGAUAAGAUUUAUGUCAUGUCUAUCGUUUGCAAGAACAACAAAAAAGCUACUUUUUGCUGCACCGAGAAAGACUUGGUAGGAGAUAUUCCUGAAGCCAGAUAUGGUCAUUCCAUUGAUGUGGUGUACAGUCGAGGGAAGAGUAUUGGUGUUCUCUUCGGAGGACGGUCAUACAUGCCUUCUACCCAAAGAACCACGGAAAGAUGGAAUAGUGUAGCUGACUGCCUACCCCAUGUGUUCCUGGUGGAUUUUGAGUUUGGAUGUGCCUCAUCAUAUAUUUUUCCAGAACUUCGGGACGGGCUAUCUUUUCAUGUCUCUAUUGCCAGAAAUGAUACUGUCUAUAUCUUAGGAGGACACUCACUUGCCAGUAACAUCCGCCCUGCUAACCUGUACAGAAUAAGGGUCGACCUUCCCCUGGGCAGUCCGACUGUGGAUUGCACUGUCUUGCCGGGAGGAAUCUCUGUCUCCAGUGCAAUCCUCACUCAAACUAACAAUGAUGAAUUUGUUAUUGUUGGUGGCUAUCAGCUUGAAAACCAAAAAAGAAUGAUCUGCAACAUCAUCUCUUUGGAGGACAACAAGAUAGACAUUCGUGAGAUGCAGACCCCAGAUUGGACCGCAGACAUUAAGCACAGCAAGAUAUGGUUUGGAAGCAACAUGGGAAAUGGAACCGUUUUUCUUGGCAUACCAGGAGACAACAAACAGGCUGUUUCAGAAGCAUACUAUUUCUAUAUGUUGAAAUGUGCUGAGGAUGAUGUGAUUGAAGAUCAGACAGCAUUCACAAACAGUCAGACAUCAACAGAAGAUCCAGGGGACUCCACUCCCUUUGAAGACUCAGAGGAAUUUUGUUUCAGUGGAGAAGCAAAUAGUUUUGAUGGUGAUGAUGAGUUUGACACCUAUAAUGAAGAUGAUGAGGAAGAUGAGUCUGAGACCGGCUACUGGAUUACAUGCUGCCCUACUUGUGAUGUGGAUAUCAACACUUGGGUACCAUUCUAUUCAACUGAGCUCAACAAACCUGCCAUGAUCUACUGUUCCCAUGGAGAGGGGCACUGGGUCCAUGCCCAGUGCAUGGAUCUGGCAGAAUGCACCCUCAUCCAUCUAUCAGAAGGAAGCAACAAAUAUUACUGCAAUGAGCAUGUGGAGAUAGCAAGAGCUCUACAAACCCCAAAAAGAACCCUACCCUUAAAGAAGUCUCCGAUGAAAUCCCUCCGUAAAAAGGGAUCAGGGAAAAUCUUUACUCCUGCCAAAAAGUCCUUUCUUAGAAGGUUGUUUGAUUAGUUUUGCAAAAGUCUAUCAGAUUCAAGUGCAUGGAAUUUUUUAACUUAUUCUUUAAAUCAUAAUGAUGAUUUUAAAAAUUGUAUUUCUACCUUUGUUUAUUGAAAAUACAUGUUUUCUUUUAAUUGCAUGAACUAAGUGCCAGAAAGAUGUGCUUAUAAUGCAAUGAUAAAUGUUGUCAUUCUAGAACC